AUGUCGCCAAAUGAACCAGGGGGUGAGGAGGAUACUGCAAUUGCAGACUCCCAAAACCAUGAAGGACACGUUCCCAGCGCUGCUGCUCCGGUACCGCCCCGGAAAAACAGCACGCCUUCCAAGUCUGAGGUCGCCGAUGUCGAGUAUGACGAGAAAGAAACACCUGCAGAGGAUGCACAGGCCGAAGUACCAGAGGCACCCAAAGGUACCAACGAAGCAACGGGACUUGAGAUACAAACGAUCAUGGACCAGUUCCAAGAAGGCACUGGACCUUCCUCCAACGAGAUUAUGUCGCCUCGGCUGGACCGGCAAAAACCUGUGCUAGUGCUCCCGCCGAGAUCAUCAAGUCUGGAACCCAAGGAUUCAUAUACGCUCGGUCAACAAUCCUCUGGCCCAAGCAURACUUCACCUCUAAGUCCGCAAGAGACCGGCAACUCUAGAUCUUCAGUGGCCGACCACAAAGUCACAAGUGAUGACACAGAGUCCAUCAUCAGCGUGAAAGCGGGUUCCAUCUUUCAGCCUCCGCCGCCCUCGCCCGAUCCGGAGCCUGCCCUGCCAUUUGACUUCCACCGCUUCUUGGAACAGCUGCGGCAUCGAACGGCUGACCCAGUCGCGCGCUUCCUGCGAUCCUUCCUCACCGAGUUUGGCAAAAAGCAGUGGAUGGUCCACGAGCAGGUGAAGAUCAUUUCCGACUUUCUAGAGUUCAUAUCCAAGAAGAUGCAGCAUUGCGAGGUCUGGCGGACCGUCUCGGACGCCGAAUUCGACAAUGCCAGGGAAGGCAUGGAAAAGCUUGUAAUGAAUCGGCUUUACUCACAGACAUUCYCACCGGCCAUUUCACCUGCAGGGGGAAGCCCACGAAAGGGUGGCAGAGGUGGCAGAUCCCAGGCUGAUGUCGCCAGUCCGCAUGGGCCUGGGCGGAGAGGUCAGCAUCAAGAGGAUGUCGAACGAGACGAUGUGAUUGCCCAAAAGAUCAAGAUCUAUGGCUGGAUAUCCGAGGAACACCUUGACAUCAAGCCAGUCGGCGAGAAGGGCAAGAAAUUCUUGUCUCUGGCGCAGCAGGAGCUCCUCAAAAUCAAUACCUACCGUGCCCCACGAGACAAAGUUAUCUGCGUGCUCAAUACCYGUAAAGUCCUUUUCGGAUUUCUUCGCAAUGCCAAAACGGACCAAUCCGCGGACUCAUUUGUACCACUGUUGAUAUACACGGUACUGCGAGCGAGGCCAGAACAUCUGGUGAGCAAUGUUCAGUACAUCUGGCGUUUUCGCAACCAGGAURAACUAGGCGGAGAAGCAGGAUACUACAUGUCAUCUCUCAUGGGGGUUGUGGCGUUCAUCGAGAAUCUCGACCGAACGAAUCUCACUAUUACCGACGAAGAAUUUGAGCGCAACGUUGAGCAAGCUGUUAGUGCGAUCGCUGAGAAGAACCGUGUAGAGGAGUACGAGGAGAAGACGCACAGCGGUGCACCGAUGCAACACUUGAGUGAAAAGAGUGCGCUAAGUAGAGCUGAAGUCACCCCAAGAAACUCGACCGAUGCUGAACACUCUAGCCUAAGGCGCAAUGUUAGCCAGAGGCUCAGUGAAAAGGCUCCACAAGGCAGCGCGAACAACGAAGACGAUACAGAUGCGGUCACGGGCCUUCUGCGCAGCAUUCAAAGACCACUUAGCAGUAUUGGGCGAAUCUUUUCUGAUGAUGGAGAGAAGCAAGCAAGCUCAACGCAACGAAGAGGCCCAAGUCCGUCGUCGAGAAUGGACCGCUCGAGCGCCCCAAGAGUAUAUGCCGAGAGGCAGCGAAGCCAGCAACGACAGUCUACGGUUCAGGACACUGAAGCGAGACAGGCGAGUGCGGAGAAUGCCCAGGCACAGAGAGUGAGGAUCCAAGAGCACAGAGUCGUUGUCGAAACCCUUCAGAGCAUGUUUCCCAACCUCGACAAGGACGUCAUUGAAGAUGUUGUAAGGGCACAGGAGGGUAAUGUUGGAAGAGCAGUUGAUGCUUGCUUAGCAUUGGCAGAGGAUUAG